AUGGCGCGCCUGAACGAGCCGGGUGUCGCUCCUGCUACCGACAAUGGUAACGCGAUUGCUACGACUGCGACGGGAGAGUCACUGGAAGCUUGUAAGUUAUGACACAUUGCACAGCAUCCCACAAGACGUGUUGAUGGGAGGAAAUGCGCACGAAAUCACGUCCUGCGAUUGAGAGAGCACCUACUAACAUCGACGAAGUGAAACGACGCUUCAUCCGACAGAAUCGCGAACUCGCAAAGAAUAACUCCUCACAAUCACUCCGAAUCCGAAACCUAGAACUCGAAGUCAGCAGGCUGCUCGUCGAUAACCUGGAUCUGAGGGAACAGGUGCUGAGUCUGCAGAAUGAAGUGGAAAAUGCGCGGAGACAGGCCUCGGGCGAUGCGAUUAGGCAGAUGAAGCAGGAUAUGAGGAUGAAGAUUGCGGAGCUCAGUGGUCUUGUUGACGGAUUCGCCGAUGAGCUUCCAGAUGAGCGAUCGGUGCCGGACAAGGAGCGGAUCCUGAGCCCCAGUCGACAGCAGUAUCGCGAGAGGCAGCCUUUGGCGGAUCUGAUGCAGGAGGCGGUCAUGCCCACAAUUCUCGAGGACAAGCAACAUCCGAGGAAGACCCUUGAUCCAGAGGAGAUCCGAGCGAUCAGGCUCUCCGAUCAGAGCGGUACUACUGGAAGUCCGGAUCUGGGCCCACCGCCAGUGGUUCAUUUCGACAUGGAAGAUCCUAUCAAACUCAACAGGGAGCGAGAUACGGAAGCCAAAGAAUCCACGGGAAUCUCGCCCAAACCAGAAAAUGAGGAGCUAUUACCUUCAGUGAACCUCGAAACGCGGAGAAGAAGGAGGGACUCCAAGUUGGACAUCAGACGGCACUCCAUCCUCGCUUUGUCACCAGUCAACGAUGGCGAGAGUGGAACGACUAUGCUGCGCACUGGAGCGAAGCGGAAACUAUCUGACCGGGAGACUGAGAAGCCUAUCAAGCCACCAAGCCAAGGAGACUUCACCUUCAGUCGAAAAGCGUCCGCCGAUCAAUCCUGCUCCGAUGAGGAGAAACCAAAGCUAGAUAAAGAACAGCAGCCGGACGAGCCAGAGCAAUCGGUGGCCCCGCCAGUACUAGAGCCAUCGAAGCCAGUGCGGAAAAUCUUGGGCGAAAAGAGCGUGAACAUGUCACCCAAGAAGACAACAACUAGGGCAUCUAGGGGACUGAAGGAGGAUAUAGAAAAGCCAGCCCCUCCCAAGCCUGCUGCCAACAGGGAACGACCACCCUCUCGAGGCCGUAGAGCGUCAUCCAUCCCUACGCCAGCACCUCAGGACGACCCGGUGCCAACGUUCGAGGUCCCACCACCAGAACCGUCAACAGAAGAACAGCUCCAAGCCAAGACUCCUGCGCCGUCGGUUGAUAUCUUCUCCCCAGCCACGUCAGAGCCAUGGACUUCAGGAAAGAUGAACGAAGCCCGCGACACACCACCUCCACCCCAGCUGAGCUCAGCCAGCAACACCACGGAAGGUGGCCAGCGCCCUUCGCGACGAUCCCGUCCACCAAUCAGCUACACGGAGCCGAGCCUCAUCGCCAAGAUGAGGCGACCAGACGACAAGAAGGUGGACGCUAUCACCGGCUUGAAGAACCCUCAGCGGCCCCUGAACCCCUCCGCGGAUAGGAGAUCUAUCGGGGGCAUGCCUCGUUCUUCCCUCUCGGGCUCCAUCACCAUCAAGCGCGAACCUGUCGAGGAUGACAACGACUGGAAGGGCACAUCACACCCUUCGUUGGAAGAAGGCAGUCCUCUACGAGAGAGGAGUACAGACCAACAUCCUCCCGCCGCCGAGACCGUUGCUGAGAAUCUCCCUUCUUCUUCUUCUUCUUCUCCUCCCCCUCCUGUCCUUCCAUCAGCGCUCCCCGCCUAUCGAAAACGCAGGGACCAGCCCGAGCGUGAGGAACCCGCUUCGAAAGCGUCCCUCACUACCACUUUCCAGGCCGAACCAGAGCCUUCUUCCCCGGACGCCAUGGCCAAGAAAAUGGAAGAAUUGGAAUUGUACGAUUUCAAGGAUUCCUCGAGUCCGGGUUCUGUUGAGGGAGGAGGGACGGAGAGGACGAGGAAGGAAAAGGCCGGGGGAGGGAGGCAGCGGAGACAUAGUUCUGUGCCGAAGGAUUUGGUGAAGGAGAAGGAGAAGGAAAAGGAGACUGGGUCUGAUGCUGCGGCAGGGCGAGGGGGAAGCGCGAGGCUUGAGCGGUCGAGUCGGAGACGGAGUAUGAUGGUAUGA